AUGAAGGACAUUUCUCUCUUUCAGCACCAUCCUUCUCACUCUUCAUCUUCAACCACAACACCCACUACAAUUUCUCGGAAAUGGUACAAUAUCAACUUCCGUUCACCCUACGUUAAAUAUCUAUUGCCUCUUUCUUUGUUAGGAUUUAUUACUUGCUAUCAUAAAGAGUAUUUGAGAUGGGAGUGGCAUCAAUUCGAAACUUCAAGAAGAAAACGACAACGCUUUCUCGCAAAUAAUGAGUAUUUUCAAAAGUAUCAAACGAGACCACCUGGUUAUACAGGAUCUCUUGAAGACUUGUUUGAACAGAGAGAACCUGUUGAUUUUUUGAGGAGAGUUCUCUUCCGAAUUAAAUUAUUCAUUAUGAAACACGAAAGCAAACUAGAUCCUUUUCUCAACACGGGAGAUGAUGUUGAAAACAGAAUGAAGGCAUAUGAAGCAUUGCUAAAGAAACGACAAUAA